UGAUUCUGUUCAAAUGAUCUGGACCGAUUGGCGAUUACAUGGCGUUUAUCAGAUUAUCUUAAUACUAUUACUGCUGCUGUCUCGCUCUAAACGGACCUGCCAAAUGGACUGUCAAAAUGUUCAUUAAUGAUUUAUCAGGCUACAAUAACACUUCAACUAUUCAGAUCAUUGAGCAAACUAUUAAUACUGGUACUGCUAAAAAAAGCGACAUCGACAUCAACGACACCGAUGACACCGAUGAUGAAAAUGAUGAACUAAAGCUCGUAGAGUCGACAGUAGAACCGGUACAGGAACCUAUUGAGCUGUCAUUACAUGAAACAAUGAAGCCGGUCACAAAGUCACCACAGGAGGUGUUGGAACCAGUUGAGCCAUCACCACGUAAAUUGAUCCAAAAGCCAAAAGUACCCAAGAAAAGGGGCUGCAAGUCUGCUGCUCUUUUUAAUUUGGAGCCAAAAAAGUCGAAGCGUCAAAUAAAAAAAAAUGUUAAUGAAAAUUUUAUUUAUAAUUAG